AUGCACGAAGUGUCGAACCUUAUAACGGAUGGAGACGGCGGCGCGAAGGUGGUUGCGGGAAGGAAGGCACCGACAGUUAUCGCACAGACUGAGCGGCGCGACAGAAAAGUCGUCGCAGCGGUUAAGGCACUGGCGUCGCAGCCGUCGCAGAGGGGUUUCGUCGCUGAAGGGAUGUCCUCCGAGUGGUGCUGCGUGCGCGCGGAGGACGAUGCGACCAUCCGCCAUCCCGCAUCCCGCCGUCCUUUCCCCCCAUCCUCCCGUCCCCCCGUCCCCUGUUCCCCCAUCGCCCUAUCCCCCGCCCGCCAGUCCAAGUGGUGCUGCGUGCGCGCGGAGGACGACGCGACCAUCUACCGCAAGAAGGUGAUGAUGAACGUCACGGGGGGCGUCGCGCCGGGCAACCUGCUUGCCGUCAUGGGUCCUGAGGGAUCAGGCAAGUCGCUGCUGCUGCACAUGCUGGCGGGGCGGCUGGAGGGCGACCCCAACUUCCGCGGCAGCAUAGAGUACAGCGGCCAGCCGUUUGGGGCGAAUCUGAGGCGCGAGAUCGGGUUCGUGGAGAACGACGUCGACCUGCAGGCCAAUCUGACGGUGAAGGAGACGCUCAUGUUCGCGGCCAUGCUGCGGCUGCCUGAGGGCACGGAGGAGAUCGACCAGAUCGUGCGAGUGGAGCACGUUUUAGAUUCGCUGGAGCUCACUCACUGUGCGGACAAGGUGAUAGGGCGCACGGGGCGCAAUGCAGUGCUGUAUAACGAGCUCAGGCGGCUGGCCAUCGGAGUGCAGAUGAUUGUCAACCCGCCGCUGCUGCUGCUCGAUGAACCGACCUCGGGGCUUGACGGUGCCAUGGCCCUCCGCAUCACAAGGGCUCUGCACUCCUAUGCUCUCGCGGGCAGAUCAGUGGUGGCAACAAUGAAGCAGCCGUCAGCCAAGAUGUUCUCUCUCUUCACGCACCUCCUCCUCAUCACCGAUGGCAAUCCCAUCUUCUUCGGUGCUGCCGACGCCGCACUACCAUAUUUUGACUCUAUUGGCUACACCAUGGCUCCUGACACCAGCGCAGCUGAGUUCUUCCUGGACCUGACAGCCCCCGAAGCAGCGGACGCGUCCAUUCAUUUCGGCACGUCCACCAACCUCAUCCGCCUGUGGGCCACUGGAGAUGCUGCAAGGGAGAUCGAGCGCGCUGCUGUAGCCUCUGCUGCUGCUGCUGCCUCUGCUAGAAGAAGCAAGGGGAGAGACGCUGGGAAUGGGGAUGUUGAGGAAGGCGCGGCAGCAGGAGAGGGUGCAGGAGCAGGAGGGGGAGCGGAAGGGGAAGUGGGAACUCGCUUCCGUGUGCUGGCCCGGCGGCAUGUGCUGUCGUACCGCGUGGUGAAUCAAGAUUGGAUCUUCGUUGGUGUCGUCGCUGCCAGCCUUGUUGUCUGCUCCUUACUGCCAGGCUGCCUGUGGUACAAGCGUGACCCUACGACCGCCCAAGGCGUGAGGGAUCUCGCAGGGCUGAUCUUCUUCUCGCAGUUCUUCUGGGGCCUCGUGCCCAUGCUCACCUCUGUCAUCACCUUCCUGGAAGACCGCAAGUCAGUCCAAAAAGAGCAAGAGGACGGCGUGUAUCAUAUCUCCGCGUACUACGCUGCCCGGACGCUCCUCAGCCUGCCGUACGAGAUCCUGCCGCCAGCCUUCUACAGUUGCAUCGUCUACUGGAUGACCGGGCUCAACCCGUCGGGCGGCCGGUUCGUCUUAUUCACGCUCGUCCUUAUCCUAGAUACGAUGGUGGCGUCGUCCAUUGGGAUGGCGGUCGGCACGGCAUCGUCUACAGUGAAACAGGGGAUCUCGAUUGCGGCGAUCCUGCAGCUGCUGUCGGUGAUGGUGGUGCAUUUUUUGUCUCUUAGUCCCCCUGACUGGGUGGGGUGGACGCAGUACCUCUCGUUCUCGACCUAUGUCAAUAAGUUGCUAAUGCGCAUCAACUUUGAUUCUGCCGAAUACUACACUGGUAGCUGUGGCAUAUCUCCUAACAACUCUUCUGCCACUGCCAACACAUGCUCGUGUGCUGCUACUCUGGAGUUAUCGGGAAUAAGAAAUCCGUUACCUGGGAAUGGGUGGUUGGAGGCAUGCAUUCUCAUUGCCAUGCUCAUCUUCUUCCGCCUGCUUGCUUUGCUUAUAGUGAAGCUUCGUCUGCAGUCGUGGCGAUGGUAUCGUAACGGCCGCACGUGA